AUGCCACCUCCCCCGCCGCCCACCGUGCUGGUGCCGUCGGAGCGCGCCGUGGUGCUUCUGUCGUGCGUGCUCUCCGCUGUGGGCUCGGGCCUGCUGAUAACCACGCACGCCCUGUGGCCCGACCUGCGCAGCCUGGCGCGGCGCCUGCUGCUCUUCCUGUCCCUGGCCGACCUGCUCUCGGCCGCCUCUUACUUCUACGGGGUCCUGCAGGACUUCGAGGACUCCUCGUGGGACUGCGUGCUGCAGGGCGCGCUCUCCACCUUCGCCAACACCAGCUCCUUCUUCUGGACGGUGGCCAUCGCCCUCUACCUGUAUCUCAGCAUCGUGCGCACAGCGCGCGGGCCGGAGACUGGCCGCCUGCUCUGGACUUUCCAUGUCGUCAGCUGGGGGGUUCCGCUGGCCAUCACCGUGGCAGCCGUGGCUCUAAAGAAGAUCGGCUACGAUGCCUCGGACGUGUCGGUGGGCUGGUGCUGGAUCAACCUGGAGGCGGAGGACCGGGUGCUGUGGAUGCUGCUGACCGGGAAGCUGUGGGAGCUGCUGGCCUACGUCACCCUGCCCGUGCUCUACCUCCUCAUCCGGAAGCACAUUCACCGGGCGCGCGAGGAGCUCUCGGAGUACCGGCCCAUCGUCUCCGACGUACACCAGCUCCAGCACCACACCUCCGUGGCCGAUAAGAAGCUGGUCCUCAUCCCGCUCAUCUUCAUUUGCCUCCGGGUCUGGAGCACCGUGCGCUUCAUCCUGACCCUCUGUGGCUCCCCAGCGGUGCGGAUGCCGGUACUGGUGGUUUUGCACGGUAUCGGGAACACUUUCCAGGGAGGCGCCAACUGCAUCAUGUUCGUCUUCUGCACCCGCGCGGUCAGGACCCGACUCCUCUCUCUCUGCUGUUGCUGCACCCCUCAGCCUCCCGCCGCCGAGAGCCUGGCCGGCCCUCCCAAGGCCCCUGCGCCCUCCAAGAGCGAGUCUCAGAGGCCCAGGAGAACCCCAAACGAACUUCCAAGCACCUGA